GCCAAAACCGUAAAAACAAGGUUAUGUAAAACACAACAAAAGAUCUGUAUAGAAAAAUUACAUUUUGUUAAAUUAAAAUAUAUAAAAAGUUCCCUAAAAAUAUAAAAUAUGGUGUCUCCCACUUUGGCAAUGUGUGUAAGAUCUCGGGGUCCCGAUGAAUUCUGGCGUAAACGUAGAGUUUUCAAAAUGGCUGCUCACUUUCGUGGUCGCAGAAGGAAUGUUUUCUCCAUUGCCGUGCGCAAUAUACACAGAGCCUUGGUAUAUGCCACCAAGGGCAGGAAGUUGAAAAAAUUGGAUAUGGCGGCCUUAUGGACCACCCGAGUACAAGCCGGUUGUGAGCAAUAUGGUGUUUCUUUAGAUGCCUUUAAAGAGGGCCUAACACGCAGCAAUAUCUUAAUAAAUAGAAAAAUCUUAUCAGAUUUGGCCAUUUGGGAGCCACGUUCCUUUGAAGCUUUAGUAAAACUAUCCCGCGAAAGAGCUGUAGUGGAAACUUUGCCCGGCCUUAAUGAAAGAUCGAUUAUGAAUCAAGUUUAUGGCUUAGCCAAUUUGAAAAUAAAGUAAUUUACUAAGUUAUCAUAAUAUUAAGUGUUUUUUUUCCCGUUUAAACAAAUAAACAAUUAAAUAUUUUUUAAAAAGAAAUAAA